AUGGCUCACUACCUUGCCCGUCUAAACAGCUUUAACCAUGUCAAGAACUGGCUAUUUACUACGCAGACCAAGGAAGACAUGGCGGCGGCCGGAUUUUCCUACACCUGGUCCAACCUUAUUCACUGCUACCACUGCGGACUGGGAUUGAGGGAUUUGCUGCCGUACGAACAGGUUGAUGUUCACCAUGCCCGCUACCGCCCUCAUUGCCCAGUGGUUGUCAGUCGUCUUGGUCUGGAAGCCAUUGAAGAGAUACGCGACCUUGAAAAGAGAGCCAACGCUACCAGUUACCGUGUCAAAGAUUUGUGGGACCGGCAAGGACCGAGCAACGGCUUUAUUUGUUUCUGCUGCGAAGAAGACGCUCUACAACCUCCCAAAGACAUGAAAACGACCAAGGAGCGCUUGGCAUCCUAUCCAGACAGCUGGAAAUCCGAGAUCGUCCAUCCAGUGCGACUAGCUGCAGCUGGAUUCCAGUAUAAUUGGGGGAACACGGCCGAGUGCGUGUAUUGCGGACUGGUAGUGGACAACUGGGAAAAGGGCGACGAUCCGGAGGAGGUCCACCGUUCCCGGCAGCCUGAGUGUAAAAGUUUGUGUUGUUUGUAUUAA